UGGUCCCGGGGGAAGUCGUCGCCAGGGAGGCCGCCGGCGAGGGGGCUGCUGCCGGCGGAGGCGGCCGCGGCGGGGCGCCAUGCGAGAUGGGAGGAUAUGCGUCGACCUGCGACCCUGAGCAUGGUUGCGGUAGGCGUCGCCGCUUCGCCUCGCUCUCCGGCUGUCCGGGGGAUCGGGUGGUCGGGUUUGGUGGGCGAGAUCGAUUCACCGAAACGACCAGAACGAACGAAGGAAGAGAAAACGAAGGAAGGAGUAAAUUGCAGCAAAGCGCCGCGUUCAAGGUUGAACAAUCGAGGAGGCCGAGGGAUGACUAUAUUGGGAUCGUGGUGGAUUGGCUGAUGGAUGUGGUUGACGAGUUCAAACUUCUGGCUGACACACUUUACCUUCGGAUUCAUACAUUGGCCAACUCCUCACAGCGAGACAAGCUGAGUUUAUUGGUGUCGCUUCAUUACUUGUUGUUGUCAUGACUGUGGUACUAUAGGAAGUACAAAGAGAUUCAUCUUUGUGAGGUGAAAAAAUUCAGUGAUAUUACUGACGGCACAUACACGAAUCAGCAGGUAACCUUCUUCUAACUGGCCA